AUGUAUGUACACUGUACACCAAUUGUUUCACAGGUUCAACCAGUACACAUACUAGCCAUUGGUAAAGACACAGAAAUGCUACACAGGUUGCUCCAGUAUUCUGUGCAAUUUACUAAAAGGAGUUUGGUAUUUUCCUGUGGAAACCAUCUUGUAGCCAAGAUUAUUCCAGACAGAUACAACAGUUCCGAUUAUUUAAUUGAAGGAGGUACACUGAUGUUAGCAAGUGAUGGCAUUUGCUACCUAGGAGACGUCAGCAAAUUCAAAAAGCAAACCUUUGAAAAACUUCAGUCUGCAUUAUCCAGUGGAAAAGUGCUGAUUGAUAUAGACAGUAAAUUCACAAAAGGCCUGGCUGUAUCCAUUGAGCAACCAUUACAGUGUAGUGUAUGGGCCUAUACUGACAAGAUAAACCAGAAAAGGCUUAAGGAAGAAAUUCUUGGUGAUGGAGAAACAAGCUCUUUGACGAGAGCCUUUUCAGAAGCUUUCAGCAUUGUUCAGAUCGUAGAUGGGGAUGAGUUCUCACACAGUGAGGAAGUGAAUUUCCACACUUCUUACCAAACCCUGAAAAUGUCAAUGAGAGGGGCAGAGAAGGAUUUCCAUUUUCCAGUGUCUUUCAAUGAUAUUGAGAAGUUUUUAAAGCAUUCCCAAAAUCUUACUGUGAGAAUGACACAAGAAGCUGAAAAACUUCUUCAUGGAUAUUACCUUGCAACACGGAAAGUUAGAAACGUGUCUAAUGGCAGCAUUAUAACGUCUGGUACUUUAUCGGCACUAAUAUCAAUGGCAGAAAGUCAUGCCAGACUUUGUCUUAAAAGCCGUGUAGAAGAAGAAGAUGCACUUGAAGUUAUUAUGUUGUAUGAGGAAUCUUUGACAUCCAUGUUUGGUCCAUCAGUAUUAAGCGUCCCUCCUCUGCCACAUAUCCCUGAAGACUUCAUCGAAGACUACUUAGAUAAUCAGAAAAACAAAUCUGCUUUGCAGAGAUUUAAAGCACGACUGCAACAAUUUGCUGGUUUGCAUCCAGGACAUGAAGAAUGA